CCCUCUCUUUUUUACCGAGUGAGAGUAUCUAUAGCAUAGUGGUUUGAGGUUUGCCUGUUGUAUUGUGUUGUAGAUUGGAACCCCUACCAGCUGAGUUGCCCUGACAGCUCAGCUUAGUUGGUACACGGUAGAGCGCUCGUGGAACCGAUGCCUUCCCAAUCUGCGCAUGCGCGCGUGCACACGCUGUGCUCGCUUAGUGCAUGCUGUGUGUUGUUUUGUCGCUUUCUCAGACCCAGCGUCAGUCAUGGCCAGCGCAGCAGCUGCUCUUCUCGACGAACUUAUGGGAAGGUGCAGGAAUGUGAUUCCAGGAAAAGAGGUCCAAGAGAUGAAUUGGGAUGACUCCGAGGUGUGUAAGAACUACCUCUGUGGGUUUUGUCCUUGCGAUCUCUUUACGAACACCAGAGCAGACAUUGGGACUUGUGACAAGAUCCAUGACGAAAAGCUUCGCCAGAAGUAUCAGGAAAGUGGCAGAGUUAUGAAAACGGGUUAUGAGGUGCAGUUUCUUUCGGAAUUGGACAAAUUGGUUCGUUCUCUUGAUCGCCGUGUGGCUCAUGGUAAGGAAAGACUUCACAAGAGUGCAGAAGCCAAGCAGAAGCAAAUGGCAGGUUUCCAUGAAGAAGGUGGGAGCGAAAAGCUGCGUCAAAUGAACUUGGAAAUCAACUCUCGGGUGAUGAAGCUGGAAGAGCUCGGUCGAUGUGGAGAGGUCGAGGGAGCUCAGGUCCUUCUUAAAGAAGUUGAGGCUCUGGAGAAGGAUCGUGAGAAAGAGAGGGCAGGGCUAAUGCGAGAUAGCAGCAAGACCCUUGCAGGAUUUGAGGUGGAUGCCAAUGACUUCCACGAAAAAAUGGAGUUGUGUGAUGUUUGUGGAUCGUUUCUGGUGAUUGGUGAUUCACAGUCCCGAGUUGACGCCCACCUCCUUGGUAAACAGCACUUGGGCUAUGCUCGCAUCCGAGCUGCCAUCUCUGAACUGAAGACGAAACUCAACAAAAUGCGAAUUACAGAGAUGGAUAAUCGUGAACAAACUGAUGUGAUUGCACGGAGAGUUUCUGAGGAACAGAGACGACGAUCGAGCAGCAGAGAGAGGAGAAGGAGGUCUAGAAGCCGGAGCAGAAAUCGGUACCGCAAGUCUCGUAGCCGUAGCCGAGACCGGCACAGGUCUCACAGCAGAGGCAGGCAAUCCUUUCGCAGCAGACGCAGGAGUCAGAGGGACAGCUCUCGUAGCAGAGAUAGGCGAUUACACAGCCAGGAUAAGAAGAGGUCACCCAGCAAGGAGAGGAGGAGGUCACCCAGCAAGGAGAGGAAAAGGUCACGCAGCAAGGAGAGGAGGAGGUCACCCAGCAAGGAGAGGAAAAGGUCACGCAGCAAGGAGAGGAGGAGGUCACCCAGCAAGGAGAGGAAAAGGUCACGCAGCAAGGAGAGGAGGAGGUCACCCAGCAAGGAGAGGGAAAGGUCACACAGCAAGGAGAGGAAAAGGUCACCCAGCAAGGAGAGGAAAAGGUCACGCAGCAAGGAGAGGAGGAGGAGGAGGUCACCCGGCAAGGAGAGGAGGAGGUCCCGCAGCAGGGAAAGGAUGUCAUGCAGCAAGGAGAAGAAGAAAAGAUCACGAACUAUGAUGAAACUGCGUGCAAGUCAAGAGCGGUUUGUACCGCGUCACACUCGGAUGAGUGAGCAAACUCUGCUGCGGCUCAAAUCGUUUCUGAGAAAGUCUCGUCGGCUCUUUGUGGUGACCGGAGCUGGGGUUUCCACGGAGUCCGGGAUCCAAGACUACCGCUCUGACGAGGUUUGGAUGAUUACAAGUGUGAGAAGAGUUUUUCACUCUGGUGUGUUGCACCAAGCAGCCAUGGACUUACGUUCACUAAUUGGUUGUCUGGAAGCAGUAGUUCCUUCAUCUCGUGCUGAGAGUUGGGACAAUACUGGGCUACUGGUCGAACCAUCUGGGAACCCUUCCGUUUCUCAUGUCCUCCUCACCAUAGACCUCACUGGGCAAGUUUUGGAGGAGGCCCUGGGAGUUAAGGCUGGGCUAAUCGUGGCCUAUCAUCCUCCCAUAUUCCAUUCUCUCAAGAGGUUAACCCAGGGAUCUGCGAAGGAGAGAAUCAUUGUCCGUGCUCUAGAGAGUCGUGUGGCAGUAUACUCUCCCCAUACUGCCCUGGACUGUAUGAAAGGUGGGGUCAACGACUGGUUGCUGGCUGGCCUAGGGCAGGGAAAGGUGGAAACCCUUUCAGUGUGCUCAGUUGCCCCGUCUCCCAACAGUACGCUCUCCAUCUCGGAUGUAGACAAGGCCACAGUUGAUAGUGUAACCAGUGCUCUCCCAGGUCUACCACUUACCUGCAGCCCAACUUAUUGCAGAGAUCCUCAGCUAUAUGACCUCCAGCUCCUUUGUUCAAAGGAGGAGGUUUCAUCCUUCCUAAUGACCUUGAACACUCUAGUCCCAAAUCAUAAAAUGUCACUCCGAACCAGACCACUGAUUCCAGUGACAGGAGGAGGAAGGAAGCUUAGCUUAAACCAGCCAGUGUCUAUCUCGGAGCUGGUCUUCCGUGUGAAGACCCACCUCUCCAUUUCCCACAUGAGACUCGCCAAGCCGCCAUGCUGGAAGGAGGAGAAGAGGGUGACAACUGUGGCAGUUUGUGCUGGCUCUGGGGGUAGCGUUCUUGCUGGAACAGAAGCAGACGUCUACCUCACAGGCAAUGCAUUUGUGUUGUUGAUGCAACUCCCUCGAAGUGCUGUGAAUGUGCAGGGGAGAUGAGUCAUCAUGAUAUUCUGGCUGCUACAUCACGUGGGACAGUUGUGAUUCUGUGUGAGCACAGCAACACGGAGCGAGGCUUCCUCAACCACUACCGCUUACUUCUCGAAACCAAAACCGGACCUGAUGUUACAAUUUCUCUAGCCCAGUCUGACUAUGAGCCUCUUGUAGUUGCAUAAGUGAUAGUGUGUUUAUUGCUGGGCACUUUUGCAUGCAUCCACCACCUUUAUUGAUGGGUUUGUUUACUGAAAUAAUAUAUGAAAAGACACCACACCUUAAAUUUUACGAAGUCCACCAGUGUGUAUAUAAUUUUGACACU